CAUUUGGAAGAACAAACAAAACCUCGCUUUGUAUUUCUUUUCUUUUGCUUUCUUCUUCUUGUUAUUGUUCUUCAACCAUGGCUCCUCCUCAUCUCUCUUCAAUUUCCCAUCCAUUUUCUUCCUCCCCAAUUACAAACCCUAAUCUCAAUUUCACUUGCAGAUUCCCUCUUCCUCUACGCUCUCAGACUCUACGUUUCAUUUCCAAUUCUUCUUCUUCUUCUUCUCCACCGCCGCCUCCCUCUCCCCCUCCGCCCGAUCCCAUUCCGGAGAAAAGGUCCCUCGCCGUAGCCACCGGGGAGCUCUUCUUGGGUCUCGCUGCAAGGCUGAUUAAGCGCUCUUCCGACCAAACCUCCAACUCUGUUUCUAUGUUCGAUAAUCGCACUGGGAACAACAGGAGUGUGUACGAGGAGAGAAUUGGCGCGGUGGUUGAGGAUGAGAUUCAGCCUGGCGUACUUUGGGAGCAACGGGUUAAAGACGUUGAGGCCGAGAGGGAGCGUCCACUCGUUACUAGCCCUGGCUUUAGUUUCUCCGCCGCCGGUUUGUUAUUUCCCUACCAUCUUGGAGUUGCCAAAUUUCUCCUAGAGAAUAGUUAUAUCAAGGAAACAACUCCAUUAGCUGGAGCUUCAGCUGGUGCCAUUGUCUGUGCCGUCAUUGCCUCUGGAGCCAGUAUGCAGGAGGCUUUACAAGCAACUAAACUAUUGGCCGAGGACUGCAGAAGUAGAGGGACUGCAUUUCGCCUUGGGGCUGUACUAAGGGAAGUUCUUGACAAGUUUCUGCCAGAUGAUGUACAUAUUAGGUGUAAUGGAAGGGUCCGUGUCGCUGUUACCCAAGUUUUUUGGAGGCCCAGAGGCUUGUUGGUGGAUCAGUUUGAUUCAAAAGAUGAUCUCAUCGAUGCAGUUUUCACUUCUUCCUUUAUUCCUGGAUACCUAGCCCCAAGACCUGUCACAGUCUUUCGCAAUAGACUAUGCAUUGACGGUGGUCUAACAUUGUUCAUGCCACCAACUUCUGCCUCUCAAACGGUGCGCGUUUGUGCUUUCCCAGCUAGCAGAUUGGGAUUUGAAGGGAUUGGGAUCAGUCCCGACUGCAACCCUGAAAACAGAGCUGGCCCCAGAGAGCUUUUCAACUGGGCUCUGGAGCCAGCAGAAGACGACAUUCUAGAUAAACUCUUUGAACUGGGAUAUGAGGAUGCAGCUGUCUGGGGUGAGGAUAAUCCUGUUGAAAAGCUGGUCGAAGAUGAAAAGCAUGACUGAGGACGACGCCUGUAACUAGCUGACUCAUCAAAGUGAAGAUGGUGAAUAAAAAUUGGACAUGAUGCUUGGUUGGUAAGUACAUGGCACUAACCAAACUUUCUUGAUUGCUGCCGAUCAUACUGCCUGAACUGCUUAGAGACACAUAGGAAUGGCCUUGUAACAACAGCAGACGAGCCUCAAUUCAAGAAUGAAAGGAUAAAAAUAAUAUUAUACAAGUAGAUAUCCAAGUCUUGAGUUUAGGAUGGUCAAGACUAUAGGUAUCGGUGUGUUUAUAUUUAUAUAUAUAUAUAUAUAUAUAUAUAUAUAUAUAUAUAUAUAUAUAUAUAUAUAUAUAUAUAUAUGUUUCCCCUUCCCUCACACCUCCACAGGAUUUACAUUUGCCAUUUUGAUGGUAUUUCAUAUAUAUAUAUAGAUAUAUAUUCUUUCUUUGAA